GUUUUAACUUUCCAGUUAUUUUUAUCGUGUUUCAGUAAUUAUCAACGCUCAAAAUCUGAAAUAUGAGCAAAAAGUAUAAAAAACUACCAGUACAUAUUGUUGAAUACCAUAAUGAUGCAUUGGAGCAUAUCUACCGUGCGAUUGGUUCAAAAUAUCUUCCAACUAAUGACAUCACAAUGCUGCAUUUCGAUGCCCAUCCUGACAUGAUAAUACCGGACAUAUCUGCAGAUGACGUUUAUGACAAGAAAAAGUUGUUCGAUUCAUUGUCGAUUGAGAACUGGAUUACGCCUGCGUUGUUCGCUGGACACAUUAGCAGCCUUGUGUGGUUGAAAGCAGAAUGGGCGAGGCAAAUUUCUGACGGUUUUUAUGAAUUUGAAAUCGGAAAACAUUUCGAGAGUUUGAAAAUUCGUGCGACUUUUCCAGACGACUAUUUUUUGAGUGAAUGCCUCUACUCUCCGAAAAACGAACUUAUCGAUCCGAAAAAUGUGAAUUUUUAUGUCAAAACAAUCAAGCCAGACAAUUCUGAAUAUGAUAAAACUGAUUUUUGUGAAAUUUUGGGUAAAAAAACAUAUAUUUUAGACAUUGAUUUAGAUUUUUUUUCAACGAAAAAUCCGAUAAAAGAAAUGCUUUCUUACGAGAAUUAUUCUAAAUUAAAAAAAAUUUACGAAUUUUCACCCCCCAGUACAAGAUCUGAGAAAGACAUAAAAAAUUGCCUUGAAAAUCGUCAAAAACUGUUAAACGAACUCAAAAAUAUGCUUCUGGAUAUUGAAAGAGGUGAUAAUGAAAAAUGGACGGAAAAAGACACUUUUUCAACCUUAAAAUAUAUUUAUGAAAACGUCAAAAAAUCAGAUUCUGGCAACGAAAUUGACGCUGCAUUGUUACAUGAGUUUGGUUGCACCUGCGACGACCCAGAGUUACCCCACCAUGUGAGCACUGAAGCGGAAAUAAAUAAGUUAAUAAAGUCUGUGGAAAUUUGUUUGAAAAAUAUAGGACGACCUCCGACCUUGGUCACGGUCUCUCGAUCGAGCAUAGAUGAGUAUUGCCCGCCACAUCAAGUUGAUAAUAUACAGAGUAAAGUUGUCGAAUGCUUGAGAGAUUUGUUUGGGGAAAUUGAGGUUUUCUAUCAUUACAAAGAUUAAUAACUGUGAGGUUAGCGCAGGGUUUCCCGAACUUUUUUGGGCUGGUACCCCUGUUUGUGAAUUUUAACCCUUUCCAUGCGAUUUUUAUUAAAUAAUCGUAUUUGCUACGCCGAUUUUAUGCAUUUUUACCCCCACAACUAAUCGAUCGACUA